AUGCCGCGCGAAGUCGACAUCUCCAACAUUGAGCGGAAUUUUAUCCUUCAUGCCCUAGAACAAGGCAUCCGAGUCGAUGGGCGACAACUUGACCAAUUCAGAGACGUUGACCUACAAUUCGGAGAUGAAUAUGGAACAGUUACUGCCCGUCUCGGGAAGACGAGAGUACACGUCCAAGUCUCAGCAGAAGUCACGAAGCCACUCGAAGACCGCAAAUUCGAUGGCAUCUUCACAAUCACCACUGAGUUGAGUCCCAUCGCGUCUCCCGCAUACGAAGUCGGCAGACCAACCGAGCAGGAAGUCUUAUUGUCCCGGACCCUCGAAAAGGCGAUCCGAAGAUCUCGUGCCAUUGAUACAGAAUCCCUGUGCAUUAUUGCGGGAACAAAAUGCUGGUCCAUUCGAGCGGACGUGCAUGUUCUUGAUUCUGACGGUGGUCUGAUCGAUUGUGCUUGUAUGGCAAUCGUGGCGGCAUUGCGACACUUUCGAAGACCCGAUGUCUCAGUUGACGGAGAAACGGUAACCAUCUACACCAUGGCCGAACGAGUACCGGUUCCCUUGAGCAUCAUGCACCAUCCUGUCUGCACAACAUUCAGCUUUUAUCACGGAGGGGCGACCGUCUUGUUAGACGCCACACGCAGUGAGGAGCAAGCUCGAGACGCAUCGGUGACUUUUACUGUGAACGACUUUGAAUUAUGCCAGAUUUCCAAGAUGGGAGGGAGCGCGAUCGAUGCCCUAGUUCUACUGAGAUGUAUCAACACAGCGCUGGCAAAGGGAAGAGAAGUCAAUGGGAUCGUGGCCAAGAAACUGGCAGAGGAUGCGACCAAGCGAGACGUGGGCGGGCUGAUUGCCGAGCUAAGAGCUGAGAACGAGAGGUGA